GACGCCGGUUGAGGAAGUUGCAUGUCACGGAAGAGGACAUGGAUUAGAAAUGAGCCCAAACUUGAGUAUUAUUGCGUUUACCGAAAUUGUGCGUAGUCUUGGUUUUACUUCAAGAAAAUGUCAGCUACUGGGAGGUGGGUCUGGCCUUUUACCGACUCCAAAGAGUGAUUUAAUAAGUUAGCUCAGCGUUGCUGGUUCGCGUGACAGAGAAGCACGCCUGAAUUACAGUUAAUUUACAUAUUUAUUUCUUUAUUUUAGCGUUUCAGAGAUGACCUCUGUUGGUCAUUUAAUGCAAAGAAGGUGUUUGUUUCACCUCAGGAAAAUGAAAACAUCAGUGCCCAGUCAAAAAAGACUGUUUAGUACUACUAAAUUCUGCAGAACUAUCAUGCCUGCCUGGGUUAUUGAUAAAUAUGGGAGCAAUGAUGUGCUGAGGUUCACCAAAAAUGCCAGUUUCCCCAUCAUCAACUACCCCAAUGAGGUGAUUGUCAAAGUGUUUGCAGCAGGACUGAACCCUCUUGAUGUCAGCAUGAGAGGUGGUUAUGGUGCUGCUACACUGUCCAUGAAGAGAGACCCUCUGAGCAUCAAACAGUCUGGCAGUGAGUUUCCUCUCAUCCUGGGACGGGACAUGUCGGGGGUUAUCAUGGAGUGUGGCCUGGAUGUGAAGUACUUCAGCGAGAGGGAUGAGGUGUGGGCAGCGAUCCCGCCAUGGAAGCAGGGCAGCCUGGCUGAGUUUGUGGUGCUGAGUGCCAAUGAGAUUUCCCACAAACCAAAAUGCCUGAGCCACAUCGAAGCAGCAGCCGUUCCCUACGUGGCCACCACAGCCUGGUCUGCUCUCGUUAACACCGGUGGGCUUACAAAGGACAGCUGUGCCAAGAAACGGAUUCUGAUCCUUGGAGGAUCUGGAGGAGUAGGAACAUUUGCCAUACAGAUGCUGAAAGCGUGGGGUGCCCAUGUAACUGUUACCUGCUCCCAGAAUGCCGAGCGGUUCGUUAGGGACCUAGGGGCAGACCAUGUGGUGGACUACACAGCUGGACCUGUUGAAGAGCCGCUCAGAGCUCUGGAGAAAUUUGAUCUAAUCCUUGAUAACAUUGGGGGAGACACUGAGCGCUGGGCACUGAAGCUGUUGAAGCCAUGGAGUGGAGCAAAGUAUGUCACCCUCGUAACCCCAUUCCUGCAGAACACAGAUAGGCUGGGAAUUGCUGACGGCAUGCUGCAGACUGCUGCCACAGUGGCCACCAAAGCCCUGAAGCACAUUGUCAAUGGAGUUCACUACCGCUGGGGAUUCUUUGCACCCAGUGGUCCUGCCUUGGAUGACAUAAGGGAGAUGUUUGAUGCAGGACAGAUCCGGCCUGUGGUGGAGGAGACGUUCAGCUUCUCACAGGUUCCACAGGCGUUGGAGAAGGUGGAGAAGGGGCACGCUCGAGGAAAGACUGUGGUCCAGAUCAGCAAAGGAGGAGGCGACUCGUAGCACUGAUUCUCACAGAGACUGUGUGCAUUGUUUUUCUGCACAACCAUGAAACAAAACGGAUCGAACUAAUUUUAAAAAAACUGUGUAAAAGGGCCACAAACAGGAGACAAGGGAUAGAGUAAUUACUGAUGUGUUGCUCAUUUGUGUGCUAUUUGUAUUUAAGCACUAAAACUGCUCACAUAAAUAUGUGGCCUUUUAAAUUGAUGAAUAAAGAAAAUAAGCUAAGUUCAAGAGAACAUAAAAAAAUAAACAGUUGAGUUGAUUCAACAGAAACAUUUGGUUAUGGACUUGAUUUGAUUGAGCGCCCCAUGGUGGCAGGAUUUAGUCAUCACAGGUUCAAAAUACUAAAAGAAGAACAAAGUCUCCUGCUCUUCAGAGAAAUUACAAAAAU